AUGGCUAAUCGAGAUUACUACGGCAACAACGUCCCCCUCGACUUGGUAGGGGAACAGGAGAGCCGGCAGUUUCUUCAUACUCAAACUCGAAUCCAGAGUCCAGACGCACAGUCCAAUCUUAGCCCAUCUUCUAAUCAGGAUACUCACAAUCCUUCUCCCGCUCCAAGCACCACCCAACACACCACCUACGAACAAGACCAAACGCAGUGGCGAGACCCCGCCAGCCCCGAAUAUGGAUCGCACAGCGCGGAGGGAGAAAAAGGGCUGGGAUCAACUAUCGUCGGCGGCGCGGGGGGCGCGUUCGUCGGUCACGAAGUCGGCAAGAAGUCAGAGCAUGUCAUGCGGUCAAAGAUCAUGGACAGGAUCAUGGACAAAAUCAAGGGUACGGUCAAGGGUACGAUCAUGGCUACGAUCAUGGGUGCGGUCAUAGGCUUAGAGCUAAACAUGGGUGUGGGCUGGGAGGGAGACUUAGAGAGCGGAGAAUUGAGAGGUUAG